AUGACUAAUACUGUCAUCUUAUAUAAGACAACCUGUAAGGACUUCCAUUCCAUUCGUUCUUUCAGAUUGUUGGAAAGAGACUCUACAUUAGAUCCUGGUGGACAGAGGAUUUUUGCACACAUUAUAAGGAUCAUGUUUCACAUCCAAGGACAACAUAAGAGGAAACUCCUGCCUUGUGUUUUGUUAUUAUUGAUUGUAGGCGUCGUGGCGGGGAAUCGCAGCGUCAGCAGCAAAAGGGAUUGCUCUAAAAAUGAAUACUGGCGCGACAGGCACUGCAGCGACGGGGGUGGGCUCUGCUGUGACAAAUGUGCUCCAGGGUAUAAGUUGACAAGGAAAUGCUGUGAUGGCGUGCCAUCUCAAUGUGAGAGAUGCUCUGAAGGGACAUACCUAGACAAGAUGAACUAUUUCCCAAACUGCUUCAGAUGUGAGAAAUGCAAUAAGCCGAAUGCGAUAGUGAUUUCACCAUGUACACCCCAAAACAACACAGUCUGUGGAUGUCAGUCAGGAUACCGCAAAAAGUUCUAUGAUAGCAUUACAUGGGAAUGUUUGCCUCUUAAAAAGUUUGUCUCUAUAUUAUAGCCCCUUUUACACAGAGCGCUUUUUGCCAUACAAUUCCAAAGUGCAUUUUGUGUGCACGCACACACGUUCCGGGAUGGGGAUCCAGUAACAGUCCCGGAAUGAGUACUGUGUAAACAAAAGGCCAAUGCAGUAAAAGGAUGUGUCGUAGAGAUGACGCAAGUUAUUGUGUGAUUCUUUUACCGAGUAUUUUGAAGGCAGAUUUACAAAGGAAGAAGUAUGUGCAAACUGGAGUUCAGCAGAGAUCGAGGAGCUUCUCUUUUCAUUAUCCGUGCUGAAGCUGAGCUCGUUCGCCAGUACUGUACCGUUUAUGUGAAGGUAUGCACAUGGAAAAUGAACCAAAAUCAAACUGUUUUUAACCGUUCUUACCUCCGAUGACAAAUCGAACACAGCAUUAGUUUCCCCUCACACAAUGAAGUAUUGCCAACACAGGUCUACCUCCAGCCACUGUCUGGCAUGAGCAGCAAUAUUACCUCGGACAAAAAUGUGGUGAUUCUGAGACAAGAUACCGAAUAAGAAUGAACUAUUUUCCGUUUAUUUUUGUAACCUUGUAAGGUUGUAACUUUAAAAAAGCACAACGUAUUGAGUUACAUGGCCAAAUGUUCGGCUGAAAAACCUGUUGUGUAUGCUUUUGAAUGGUAGUUCAUACUUUUUUAUGAGUAAAAUGCCUUUUAGUAUAAUUAUAACAGGUCAUGGUAUGUGUCUUUUUACUGUGAAAUCUUUUUAUUAAGCAAAUCUAAAAAUAACUUGUAAUAUUUAAAGAUUUGCUGGACUGAAGCAACAUUAUCCAUAUAUUAUUUUUUAAGAAAAAAAAAACAUGUUAAAUAUAUAUAUGAUAUAUACAUGUUAAAUGUAUAUAUCAAAUAUGAUAGCCUACAACAGGCUUUUGAAGAACUUUUGUACAUAUCUCACUCAUCAGUGUUUGGCAUCUCAUAUACAUAUUUUUUUAAAAUAAAGAGUUACAACUCA